AAGACCCAGUUUGCAAAGCUGAAAACGAUUGCGUUAGUUGUUCCAGAAAGCGUGCAAGAUCAUCAUCCUUUACUUCCCAGAAGUCUGACUCUCAAUCUAACACAGAUACAGCUCUCGCUCAGAAAAGAGGGAGAUUGUCUUCCUUUACCAUCCUUCCUACCUUCCCUCCCUCCCAGCCAGUAAAGAAGAAUAACAUAUUCAUGACCUCAGCUCUUUUUCGAAGAAACCCUGACUUGAUCAAAAGUACAAAAGAAGGAUCCUUGUCACAAAGUCAACUGCGGAAUGUCAUUAGACCUGCCAUUUUACAACCCCCACAAACCCUGACCUGUCCUGAAAAUCCUGUAGUAUUUCUAGUAACUAAGAAAGAAGCACGUGUUCAGCUAUCUGAAGAUAGCUCUUAUUCCUCAGCUGAGAAUUCAGUAAGUUCCAAAACAGCAGCGAGGUCAUCUACUACCAUGAAUCCUUCUAGCUCUAAAACAACACAAAGUCAGUUGUUUGAAGACAGAAGUGUACAAAACAGCAGCAAUUCUGAUUUUGUGUUUGGAGAAAACAUGGUUGAGAGAGUUUUGAGUCCUGAAAAGCAUCCCAAACCGUGUAAUGAAGGUGAUUCAUACAAAGGAGAAAUAAGAUCGAUGUACAUAGAAUCUUUUCCUGUCAGUCCACAAGCAAAAACAGCUUUGUUAAAGAAUACAACACUAACUGAAUCAGCAGCUGCUUUUAUUUCCAAGCCAGCGGAGAAAAUUCUGUUAGAUAAAGUUGAAGUUAUAACUGGAGAAGAAGCAGAACACAAUGUAUUACAGAUCAACUGCAAGCUCUUUAUAUUUAAUAAGCUUUCUUUAACCUGGAUUGAAAGAGGCAGAGGAUCCCUGAGGCUUAAUGACACUUCUAGUGGUAAAUGUGGACUGUUGCAGUCAAGGCUAAUUAUGCGAAAUCAAGGCAGCUUGAGACUGAUUCUCAACACCCGACUCUGGGAUCAAAUGGUUAUAAAAAGAGCAAACAGAAAGAGCCUGUGCUUCACUGCAACAGACCAAGAGGACCACUCUGUUCAAGUAUUUCUAAUUCAGGCAAGCUCAAAAGACACUGGAUACCUCUAUGCAGCAAUACAUCACCGCCUUGUGGCACUGCGAAGCUUUGCUGAGCAAGAGCCAGAUGCUAAUCAAGUGGACACAGAGUCAGAAAUAGCUUUUCAGCCAUUAAACUGUGAUAGCGAUGAUGAAGAUGAUGAAAAAGUAACUCAAGCGAGCAGCAGUGGAUCAGGUAAGCAGAAACUUUCCUGUGAUCCUUUCAGGCUUGCCUUGAAGGGAUCUAACUAUGCUGGUCUGCUGGAGCGGCAUCGCAUUCAUACAAAAAACGUGGAGCAUGUUGUAGACAGUUUACGGAACGAGAGGAUAGAAGUUCGUCUUGUUAAACGUCGAGAAUAUAAUGAAGAGACAGUUCGGUGGGCAGAUGCUAUAAUAUCAGCAGGAGACAGGAAAGAAUAUCAAUACCUGAAGAAUCCAGUGACACUUAAAGAUUUCUAUUUCAACAGCUUUAUCUAA